GGCGCGCGGGCCCGGCGGCCAUGGCGGCCAUGGCGGCGGCGGCGGAGGCGCCCGAGUACGAGUCGGCGGAGCUGUGCACGCGCGCGUUCCUUGUGGGCGCGCUGGGCCGCGGGUGGCGGCGGCUCCUCGGCCCGCCAGACCUCUCGCUGGCGGCGGAGGAGGAGGAGGAGGAGGGGGAGGAGGCGGACGCGGCCGUGGCGGCGGAGCUGGGCUGCGCGGCGGACACGGCGGCCGAGCUGCGCGCCGUCUGCAGCAUUGAUAUGUUAAUGUCUUCUGAUAAAGAAGAGGACCCAGAUGUUAUUUCUGAAGAUAGCAGUCUGCUUACUCUUCGAAUUAGAAAGAAGACCUUAGAAAGGAGAGAAGAAACAAUUAUUGUGGAUCGGGCUUGCAGACAAGAAACUCUUGCCUAUGAGAUGGAGUCACAUGCAAUUGGAAAGAGGCCGGACAAUCCAACAGAUAUAGUUGAGGAGGGAGAACUACUUUUAACUCUGAACAUCUUCUAUCCAGUUAUAUUUCAGAAGCAUAAAGAUCAUAAACCCUAUCAAACAGUCCUUGUACUGGGCAGCCAGAAGCUCACUGAGCUGAGAGACUCGAUUUCCUGCGUCAGUGACCUCCAGAUAGGUGGUGAGUUCAGCAGUCAGCCAGACCAAGCACCAGAACACAUCAGCAAGGAUCUCUACAAAUCUGCUUUCUUCUAUUUUGAAGGCAUCUUCUAUAAUGAUAGAAGAUAUCCCGAGUGCAGAGAUCUGAGCAGAACAAUUAUAGAGUGGUCAGAAUCUCAUGAUAGAGGCUAUGGAAAUCUUCAGUCUGUUAAAAUGGAGGACUAUGUAUUUAAUGAUGUGUCCCUCAAAAUUGGCUUUCCGUACCUUUUCUGCCACCAAGGAAACUGUGAGCACAUCAUUAUAAUCACAGAUAUAAGGCUCAUUCAUCAUGAUGACUGUCUGGACCGGAACCUAUAUCCCUUGCUAAUCAAGAAACACUGGCUAUGUACCAGAAAAUGCUUUGUGUGCAAAAUGUAUACAGCAAGGUGGGUAACCAACAGAGACAGUCUGGCACCAGAGGAUCCCUGUUUCUUCUGUGAUGUUUGUUUUCGGAUGCUUCAUUACGAUGCAGAAGGCAAUAAACUGGGGGAGUUUCUUGCAUAUCCUUAUGUUGAUCCUGGGAUUUUCAACUGAAACUGACAUGUGCCAGAGUGAAUUCAGUGAAACUACAUCUGUUGCUCUGGCUGUUAAAACCACCACAGAGCUUGAGUUUUGAGCAUACUUCUGGGUGUUGGGUUAGAUUUGUAACCCUCUCCCCUGAGGUGGAGGGAGCCCUUUGCAGACCUUUGAAGUCUUUCUGGUAUCCUUUCUAAGUAUGAUUGUAAAAGCUAAGUUAGCAUGGAAAAAUAUAAUACACUUUUACAACAUUACAGUGGUUUGGAGACUAUGGACUAAAAAUUCAAAUGCUGAAGAAGAAAAUGCCUGGGAAAAGAGCCAUGAUUUCGAGAAGUUCCGUGCAUCCAAGAAUCUGUAAACCUCCGAGGAUGAGAACAUGGUCUAUGGACAUCUUACCUUGAAAACUCUGGCAGUUGUCAUCUAUGAACAGAGAUGCAGGGCACUGAAUUUGUAGGGAGGAGAAUGCUUUCGGAGAGAGCAGCUCAGAAUGAUGGUUAAAUUCUUGGGUCUUGCCUGCAAAUGGGGGUGCUUGCAAUGUGUAAGGUACUGCUGCCCUUGGUUUGUGUCUCUGAAGACUCAUUCUGUGAAGAGUGAACUUUUCACCGAUUAAUGAACUGUGGCCUGUCUUUCAAAUAACUUAAACUGUUUACAGUGCACACAGUGUUCAUUGUGCACUUUUUUAAAGUAUCAUUCUGUUACUGUAAGUAAUGAUGUUUUUUAUUAAAAUGUGACCAAUUUGUACUUCCUA